CUCACCCUUAAUUCAAUUGAGUCAAAAUUCUCAAACACACCCAAAUUCCAAACCCUAGAAAGUCCCAUUUCCAUUUUCCAGAAUUUCCCUAAGUAUGUAAAAUCUGAACCACGAGAAUGGAGUCCCCAUCUUCUUCUUCUACUCCUUCUACUUCUACUCGUAGUGAGCAGUACAGGAACUGGCUGGAACUUCCGAGGGACGUGACGGCGUCGAUUCUGCAGAGACUGGGAGCAAUCGAGAUCCUGGAGAGCGCGCAGAAGGUGUGCAUGCAUUGGCGCAAUCUCUGCAAAGACCCCUCCAUGUGGCGCGACAUCAACAUGUGCAAUCUCUGCAAAGGGGAAGACGGGCCAUCCUACCAGCGGAAGAUGUGCCGCAACUUCGUCGAUCGCAGCUGCGGCCAAUUGCGAGGUAUCAACAUCCAGUACGUCGCUAACGAUGAACUCCUCAAUUAUAUCGCCCAAAGUUCGAGUCAGCUCAGACGCCUUCGACUCUUUGAUUGCUAUGAAAUUACAGAUGAGGGAUUGAUUGAAAUGGCUGAAAAACUUCCAUUAUUGGAGGAGCUGGAGAUUAUGAGUUCUUUACUGUCAGGUGAAACUAUUGAAGCUGUGGGGCGCCAUUGUCCUCAUUUGAAAUCAUUCAAAUGGAACCCUGGUAUGUAUAGAUUCCCUGGCAUACAAUGUGAUGAGGAGGCAGUAGCUGUUGCAAAGAACAUGCCCGAAUUGCGCCACCUCCAGCUUAUGAGAAAUGAUCUGACAAAUGAUGGCUUGCAGGCCAUACUAGACAAUUGUCCUAACCUUGAAUCACUUGACCUGAGGAAAUGUUACCAUGUCACUUUGUCUGGAGAUUUGGGAAGAAGAUGUGCACGGAUUAAAAACUUGUGGCUUCCCAAUGAUUCUACUAGUGACUGUGGAUUCAUUGUUGAAACUUCUGAUAAUGGAUCUUUUGAGCAAGACAUUCCGUUUUGAAUGUUGGGUAUAGAACCUCUCUGAUGAUUAUGAGUGUUACUACGACAGUGAUUACUCCUAUGAUGAUUACUUUAGAAAAUACAGUGAGGAUUGGGAGUAUAUUGGAUGACCUCUCUGAUGAUUAUGGGUAUCAAGGAUUCUCAGGGGACACCAAUUUCUCCUAUGAUGAUUUCACUGAGUAUCAAAACUUUGAAAUUAUAUUUUUUGACAAGUCCUUUUGUAAAGUGCGCACCUAAACAAAAUGACUUAUUAUGUGCUCUGCAUUUCAGUAUUCGGUACCAAUAUUUUGAAUUUUAUUUAGACAUGAAGUUUGAACUUA